AUGGAGUUCACACUUGAACACAAAGAGGCUGGAAAAGGCAAGAAGAGAAAAGAUAGGGUCAAGAAGACCAUUGCCAAAGUCCUAGGGAGAUCAUCCAUGUUCAAGGAUCCAACAGAAGAAGAGGAAGAGGAAGAGGAUGCUCCAGCACCCAAAGCUCAGAAGCUUAUGGGAGAUGCUACUAAGUCAGGGGCUGCAACAUCAAACCCCAAGUCUGCUCGCAAAGCUCAAGGUCAGAAGUCAAAGCCCAAGAGGAACACUACAUGUAUUCCUGCAAAAGAGAAGAACAAGGCGCCAGUGCCUCAAGCUGAAGAAGAGGAUGAUGAGCCACUUGUUUUGAGGAAAUUGAAACCCAAGAUCCCAGACCACAAUGAUGCUCAUCCAGUGGCUAAAGACAUGCACAUCAGAAAAGAUGCUCAACUGAGAUUGUGGAGACGGUCUGAUCCCUAUGUUGUUAGGAGGAGGACUGCAGUUGAUUACAGAUUUCAUACCAAAGAACAGCAAGACUUCUAUCUAACAAUUUUGCUCGACAAGAAGCCCAUUGUUUGUGACAUGAGAUGGGUUGAUUGGGAAUACAUCAAGGAGAAUGAAGAUCACUUCCCAGGAGUGUAUGACAGCUUCAAAGCAUGUGGAGUUGACAAGUUUUUUCAGCAGAAGCUCACAAAAUGGAAUGAUGAGCUUAUCAUGCAGUUUUACUCCACUGCUCACUUUUACCCAGAUGGGAAGAUCCUACGGAUGUCUGAAGUACCAACCGGAAAGCUCCUGGGCUUCAUUGUCUCCAGUAGAGGAAUUGAAGCUAAUCCGGGCAAAAUCCGAGCUCUGUCACAGUUGGCUAUCCCAACGGACCUCAAACAAAUCCAGAAAUUAACUGGAUGUGUGGCGGCUCUAAGCCGCUUUAUCUCCCGCUUAAGAGAAAAGGCAUCACCCCUUUAUCGCCUCCUUCGGCGCACUGAACACUUCCAGUGGACGGACGCUGCCACAGCUGGAUUGGAAGAAAUAAAAGCCAUACUGGCAACCAACCCAAUCCUGGCUGCGCCAAACAUCGGCGAACAAAUGCUGUUGUACAUUGCUGCAACUCAUCAGGUUGUAAGCGCAGUGCUCGUCGUCAAA